AAAAAAAAAAAAGAUAUAUCCCCAAAGAAUUAAAACAAGUCCAGACUCAAACAGAAGCAAGAUGUUUAAUUUCUUCAGCUCCGUCCCAACCCGCGUGUUACUCGACGCGGUUCUCCCUGUCCUGCGGUUCCUAUUGGCUUCGGUGAUGAAAGAAGCGUUGCUUGCAGCCUCGGAUCUUCGACCUCCGGAAAAACUCACUGUGCAAUACGACUUUAUUGUCGUGGGCGGGGGCACGGCCGGAAGUGUGCUGGCCGCGAGACUUGCCGAAGUGAGCUGGUGGCGAGUGCUGGUGCUGGAGGCCGGAGGGACGCCGCCUCUAGAGAGCUACGUACCUGGCCUCGAAGGGCUUGGGUACCUUCGGGGCAACAACAAUUGGGAUUACGUCACGGAGCGUCAGAGGAACGCUCUCAAGAAUUAUGACGGUCAGAGCACACCUAUUCUCCAAGGGCGCGUUCUAGGAGGGUCCAGCACUACCAACGAAAUGCUUUACGUCCGUGGGAAUCGUCGAGACUUCGAUCACUGGGCUGAGCUCGACAACCCUGGCUGGGACUACGAAUCCGUGCUCUACUACUUUAGGAAAGCGGAGGACUAUCGUGGUGGACACAUGGGGGACACAGAGGAAUACCAUGGGAGAGGAGGGCCCUUACCUGUAUCCCCUCACCCAAGGAAAGAGGGUCUCACGCAGGCCUUCUUCGAUGCUGCCCAUGACCUUGGUUGCCCUACGGUCGACCCCAACGGACCUGACCAACUAGGGAUAUCUGGAACCUACCACGUCAUCGGGAACGGCAGUAGAUCUUCGACGGCGGAAACCUAUUUAAGACCUGCAGCUUCUUGGCCAAACCUUCACAUUCUUCACAGUGCUACAGUCUUGAAGAUCGUAUUUACGAAGGACAAGAGAGCAGCUGGAGUCGUGUUCGAACAUGCUGGACAGGUGUCCGCAGCGUUUGCACAGCGGGAGGUCAUCGUAACAACAGGUGCCUUGGCGUCUCCGAAGCUGCUUAUGGUGUCAGGUAUCGGGCCCGCUCGCCACCUCGCUCGCCACAACGUGGAAGUGAUAGCAGACAUCCCAGGCGUCGGCCAGAACCUGCAGGACCACCUAGGGGUAUUCGGACUCACCUGGACAGUCAGCCAAGGUUCUCUCCCUCUGCUGGGUACGAGUCUCAGCGCGGAUGCAGUCAAGAGCUAUGUGAAGGCUAGGGGAGGUCCUUACGCAGCGCCCUUGGGGGACCACAGCAGCGCCUGGGUCAAGGUCACGGAAGGAGGCCAUGAGGAUCUCCCUGACGUGGAGGUCCGGCUCUCUCCUGCCGCCCAGCACCUCGAUCUGGGACUCUUCUCGCCGCACGUCUACAGGAUGGAUAAGCUGAAAUAUAAAAAAUAUUACAUACCCCUCUUUGGUCGGGAAGGAUUCACACUACUGCCUAACCUCCUGAGACCGAAAAGUCGGGGAUCGGUCACACUUCGGUCAAGAAACCCGGCGGACUUGCCUGUCAUUGAUCCAAAUUACUUGAGUCACCCUGAUGAUCUUGAUGCGUUGGUUGCGGGUAUCAAAAUUGCAUUAAAGUUGGGCAACGCAACAGCCUUCAUCGAGAAAUUUGGUGCCGAAUUCCACGAUAAGCCAGUCCCAGGUUGUAAAUUGAAACCAUACGGCUCCGACGACUACUGGGCCUGCUAUGUACGUCACAUGGCAUCCUCCUUCUGGCACCCGGCUGGCACCUGCAAAAUGGGACCCGUCUCCGACCCGAACGCCGUGGUAGAUCACAAACUCAGGGUGCGCGGCGUGUCUGGACUGCGAGUCGUGGAUGCCUCUGUCAUGCCCCUAAUCACAUCCGGUCCCAUCCUGGCGCCGGUUAUCAUGAUCGCCGAAAAAGCAGCAGACGAUGUCAAGAAGGAAUGGGGGAUCGAUGUCUGA